CGGUAUUCAAAAACGUAUUGAGUAGGAAAAAUUAUAUUUUUCGCUAUGAAAGAACCGAGAUCUAGUCUCUCCGAUCACGAGUGCGAGUUUCUCUGAUAUUGAUUAUGUGAAGUAACAUUCAAAAACCAGUACAAUCAUAUUGAAAUAACUAUAGCAAAAUGACAAUGGUAGAGGACGACUUUCCGCCCUUUUUGAUGUCGAACGAGGACACAACGCAACUGGACAGUGCGAAACGGUGCCUUUUUCCCAGAGAAAAUGAUUUCUCAACAAAUUCAAUCUGGGGGGGGGUUGAUACAAUUUCGAAAGAACACGAUGAUACUAAUCAGAAGAUGGUCGGAAAGUCCGCAGAGCAAACCAAGCAUUCUCCAAUUUCGGUGGUGUCCGUCCUCAACAUUGGAUGUCCUGUCCGGGGAUUUCACAACGACAAAAAGUUCGAUGACUGCACUUCUUCAUCGUCAACAUUAUUAUCCCCAUCACCGGAUUCGAGAGCGAAAUCCGACCGCGAUGAGGUCGAAGAACAAACUGUCAUUGAGGUGCAAUAUGUGGAAUCAGCACGUGUGGAUCGCGAUAUAAAUUUCGACGCAGAUUCGGUUGAAGAAAACCAAGUUCCGUGUUCCAAUCAAAGUAAGCGUGCAAAGACUCCCCUACGAAACCGAACAAGUAUUGAACGUAAUACCAUCGGAGAUGCUAGAGCUAGGCCCUUACUAGAUGUUGAAAAGACUCCUUCUGGAUCUGAAACAAAAAAGAAGAAGAGUGUCACGCCCUCGCCUUUGCUAGGUUGCGGUGGCUAUGGGGCCUGUCUUCCUUACUGUGGAGAUACCGACCAUCAGUUCGUAGAAAGAAAAAUCACCAAGUUCCUCGAAGACAACUCUGUCUCGACUCCAGAUGCAUUCAAAACAACAUGCACAGACUGGCAAGCUUGGUCUUAUUUUGGAUUUGCAAGUCCUGAAGAUUCUUCUAAUAAUUCACCAUCGAGGGAAAGCAUAAGAACAACAUUAAGACGUCGCACAUCCCAUAGCUUGAGGUCGCGCAAGUCAAAUGUCAGGCAACUCAAAAGAAAUCUGGCACCGUUUGCUCAGUCACCUGCUAGAUCUCCAGCAAGAGCUCCAAGCCUCUUCAGAAACCGUUCUUUUUCGGUAUCAGACCAUCGAUCUGCUAUAGCGCGUGUUUCAACGGAUAAUAAGCCAAACAGAAAGAGCUUUUCAGACGUAUUUGAUCUGUGCACUCUGUACGAAAAGGUCGAUUUAAAUUCGCAGGACUUGGUCUGGAAAAAUACAGAUACUGGUUCCAAUGAAAACGAUAUUUCUUAUGACAGUGAUCCCGAAGACUUCAUGCGUAGGCGCCCAACAUCGGAGGCGAAACGGCCUGCUGACAAUAACAUAUCACAGUCUGGAGAGGGUGGAAGUCCUUGCUACUAUCAAAACUCACCGGGGCGUUCGUUUCUUGAUCCGCACAACGACGAAGUGUUUUCCAACAUUGUACGAGAAAUGUUUAACCAAACAACCACUCUUGUUUUACAUCCUGUAUCUGAGUCGAAUACUACCGGUCAGGCUUUAUUACAGUCGGCUCGACCCAUAGCCGUGGAUGCCUGGUUAGAACGUGGUCAACACCUUGCUUAUGCUCUGAUUCAACCUAAGUGGAUCUGGAAGGCAAAACCAAAAAUCAAUUCUGAAGGCCAAUCUAGCGUUUGUCAGAAGUUUUGUCUGCAAGGUAUUGAACUCCUGGAUAUUACGAAAAUAUUGAAGGUAGAAGAAACUGAAGGAGUCAGCCAUUCCCUCGCUAAACCAAGCCAUUGUUUCUUUAUCAAGUCUAUCCACGAUGAAGAAUUUUGUUUCGAGGCGAAAUCGAGGAAGGAACGAGACCGUAUAGUUAGCUCUCUCAAAUUGCUAAUCGCCCGGUUUGGAGCAAAGGUGCUUACUGGAGACCCUGAAGUCUACUAUGAAUUCUUUUGGAUGACUGAUGGAGUUCCUGGUGACGCUCCAGAUUUGCUCGAGGCCUUCGGAUUGGUUGAAGCAGAAGAGGUAUCUUUUUAACCUUUUGCAACAUCUCCAACCU